GACUACCAUGGUUGCAGGGUGAGAGCGGUAAACUGGUUUGGCUGCUCUGUAAACCGCAACAAGCAAAAUAGCACAUCGUUCAGGCGCUGAUCCUAAAUAGGGUUUCUGGACUUUCCGAAGUGAGUCCUCCGCGGGAGUCCGAGCCGAUGGCAUCCGCCGAGCCGAUGCGUCCAAGCGUCCCGGCGCAGGGAGCGGGACUCGGGGAGAACCUGUCGGAGAGCACGGAGAAGCUGAGCUCCUCGGCUGUCAAUCGCUUGUUAAUGGAGUUCCUGAUUUACUGCGGGAGAGCCAUGUUCAUCUUCUACCCCGUGUACCUGACCGGCUAUCUGGGCCUCAGUAUCAGCUGGGUGCUGCUGUGCAUGUUUAUGCUGACUUGGUGGAAGAAAAAUCGCCAGUGGAAAGACGCCCGGGUCGGAUCAGCCAUCGACUUAUUGGAUAAUGAAAAGCAAGUGAUCAGCACCGAGCUGAAAUGUUCCUUACAGAUGGCAUCCUGGGUGAAUUUCAAUGAUGUGGAGAAGGCUAACUGGCUCAACAAGGUGCUGGAGCAGGCGUGGCCUUUUUUUGGGAUGUACAUGGAGAAGCUGCUCAGAGAAAACAUCCAGCCGUCCAUCAGGGCAUCCAGUUCUGCGCUCAAAUCCUUCACUUUUACCAAGAUCCACUUUGGGCACAAACCUCUCAAGGUCACAGGAAUAAGAGCAUACACACAUGAAGUGGGUCAUAGGGAGGUGGUCCUGGACUUGAAUAUGUGUUAUGAUAGUGACGUGGACAUCGAUGCUGAUUUGAGCACAGGAAUCACAGCUGGUGUGAAAGAACUUAAACUCCAGGGGAUGAUGAGGGUCAUUUUAGAGCCUCUUAUUGGUCAAGCACCGCUGGUGGGAGGAGUCACAUUUUUCUUCAUUCGCCGCCCUACACUAGAAUUAAACUGGACUGGCAUGACAAACCUUUUGGACUCCCCUGGGUUUAGCUCACUGUCUGAUGAGACCAUCAUGAACAUCAUUGCUUCUUUUGUAGUGUUGCCCAACCGCAUGUGCAUUCCCCUCAUAGACCAGGUCAAAAUGGACCAGAUGAGGUUCCCACUUCCUCGUGGGGUGGUGAGGGUCCACUUGCUGGAGGCCAGAGAUCUGGUGGCUAAGGACACAUAUGCUAUGGGUUUAGUUCAAGGCAAGUCGGAUCCUUACGCCACACUGAGAGUGGGCAACAUACAAUUCAAAAGCAAGACCAUCAAAAAGAAUUUGCACCCAAAAUGGAAUGAAGUGUAUGAGUUUGUUGUCCACGAGGCCCCGGGCCAAGAGCUGGAAUUGGAGCUGUACGAUGAGGAUACAGACAAAGAUGAUUUUCUUGGAAGUUUUAACCUCGAUUUUGGAGAAGUAAAGAGGGAGAAACAAAUGGAUCAGUGGUUUUCUCUGGAGGGCAUACAGCACGGUGAAGUUCGUCUUCAACUCCAGUGGCUUUCCCUUCAGACUGACACCAGUCUGAUGAAGGAGUCCACCGACGGCCUUGCCUGUGCUAUGCUUGCAGUGUAUCUGGACAAUGCCACAGAUCUUCCAAAGGAUGGCCGCGAGGCUGCAGACCGCCAUAAACAUGGGAAGAAUACAAAAGAAGCGCGGCUCACGAGGAGAGUAGCCUGUCCCAACUCCUUUGUUGAAUUUUCCAUCGACAAAGACAUUAAAAAAAGCAAGGUUGUGUAUGCAUCCAAAGACCCGGUGUGGGAGGAGGGCUUCACCUUCUUUGUGCGUAACGUCAAAGCACAGCAGCUCAUGAUUCAGGUCAAAGAGCCUGAAAAGAAAAAUCUACUUGGUGUUCUCAACUUGCCCCUCAGUCGCCUCCUCAACACCUCCGACCUGACUCUAGACCAGCGCUUCCAGCUGGAGCGCUCCGGAGCAAACAGCCAGAUCAAACUGAAGGCCACUCUCAGGAUUCUUACUUUGGAAGAGCCUCCACGCAAGACCAGUCCUGCACAAGUCAAUCAACAGCAAGCCAAUCAACAACAGGUCAAACAAGGAGAGAAUACCUCAGUCUCCAGUCCCUCCAAUGCUCCAUCCUCCUCUCACACAGUUCCCUCCAACAGUAUCCCUGCUGCCUCUACUCUGAACCAGGGGGCUGCUACACUGAAUGAAGGUUAUUUAACUCAACGCCGUGGCUCCUUUCAGGACUAUGAAAACAGAAAACUAUCAUCUUCAUCAGUAAACAUGCGUCGGUUCGACUCCCACAGCCUGCUGUCAGAGAACUCCAUCGCUUCAUCACGUUUUGACCUCUCAGAUGGAGCCUCCUAUCCAGAGGCCAUUAGGAAUCAUCAGGGUUCAUUUGGAGAGAUUGAGCUCAUCAUACGCUAUGCAACCCUGAGGCAUAAACUCAUGGUCUUUGUUAACAGUUGCAGGAACUUAUUCCCCUGCAGUGAGAACGGCACAGAAUCUUAUGUCCGUCUGUAUCUACUCCCCGACCAAAGCUGGAAGCAUCGCAAGAAGACAAAUGUCAAGAAGAGGACGGUCAAUCCUUUCUUCAAUGAAAAGUUUGAGUUCGAUGUGUCACUUGAGGAAGCACAAACCAGGAAGUUGGAUGUGUCAGUGAAAAAUAACAAGAUGUUGGUCUCGAGAGAGAGAAAGGACAUUGGCUUGGUAAUAAUAAAUCUCUCACAAAUGGAUCUAGUCAAAGGUGUCACAGCAUGGUAUGAGCUCACACUGCCCGGGCUGAAGAAAUCUGUGUAGCAGGUAGAACUGAGAAAACCAUCUGUCUGCAGCUCAAAAAGCUUCUCAUCAGCCACUGCAGAGAAAACUGCAGUACAGAUAUGAUGCUUAGAGACUUUCAUACUCCACAGUCUUCCUAAACACUGCAAACCAAAACAAAAAUGGAAAACUUACCAGAGACGUUGGAUCACAGGAACAUCUUCCAUCUACUGAAGUUCUUAGUUGGAAAACAGUCAAAUUAAGAGCAUAUUUUUACCAAGCAUCGUUAACGUGCUUUCCAGGUAAUUUCAGCAUAAGUUUGUGUCAAUUUUUGUAUAUAACAAAAGCCAAAUGACCCAUAAUAUAAUUUAUAAGCAUGUCUGUAUUUUGGUUAUUUCAACUAAGCCAAAGUUAUAUGUUGCAUUUUAAUGUAAAUAGAUUUAUUAAAAGUUUUUAUAGCGGAAUAAAGUAAAAGCUAAAUGUGCUUGUUACAGCAGGGUAGAUGAGUCAGUGCAUAACAAGGAAGGUUUAAACACUUCAAUCAACACUGAAAUACAGGAAGUCACACUUAGAAGCUUUGGUGUGUGGGCAGCUAAGCUGUUCUGCAGCUCGUUAGCAGUAAAACUGCAUCCUAGCAAAGCACAAGCCAUUUUCUUUGGACUUAGAUACUGAGAUCAUGAUCAGUAAACCAUGUCUUUUAAACCUAAUGUUCUCAGACCAUUCAAAAUAAUAUUUAAAAAUACCCUCAUAACCUUUAUGACUGACCUCAGUUUUCGGUUGAAUAGUUCAACAUAUGUUUGACAUGGAGAGCACACACAAAGAAGUUUGUUUUUAUUUAUAUGUCAUUUAAAAAAAAAAAAUCAAGCGUUGUAGUUGGUAAAUUAGUUACAACAGGUAUCAGAAUAUUUUUGCUAGAGCUAUUUUUAGACUGCCGAAGAUCUAUGUUGGGAUACUGAAGGCUUUUUCUUGGCUGAUAGUUUGACAUUUUUCUGUUUUAUGUUAAUUAUUGAGCAGGGAAAUUGUUCCCAGUUGUGCUGUUUUUGACUCAAUGUUUAA